CCGACGGGGUGAAGGCGCACGACGGUCAACCUCGACACGACACGCACGGAUUCUGCACGCCUUUUUUUUUGCAUGAGGAUUUUACGUGCUCGCUUUCGUCAGUGUGUGUGUGCGCGCAUAUGGCUUUGACGCAGAGUGUUUCGGAGCUUUUCUAAAAGCACACACACCUACACACACAUGCAUUUUUCCGCCUUUUCCACGACAUUUGGGUCAUGAUCACAUCGCCCACAGUGUCCUUCCUGAGAAAUAGCACCAAUCCAGCGUGGGAGAGCUACACCUCCUUGGGGCAGAGAAGCGCCAGUCGUCCGUCCGCCUACAGCGCAGUUUCUCCCGCAGACCCGUCCCGUCAAGCCGGUCGCCUUCCCAUCAAGGUCCUGAAAAUGCUGACGGCCAGGGCAGGACACAUUUUGCACCCGGAAUACCUCCAGCCUCUACCGUCCACCCCGGUCAGCCCCAUCGAGCUGGACGCCAAGAAAAGUCCACUGGCACUUUUGGCUCAAACAUGCUCCCAGAUCGGGAAACCGGACCCCCCGGCCUCUUCCAAGCUCUCCUCGGUGGCCUCCGGCGGAUCCAGCGACAAGGAGAGCAAGUGCGGCCCGCUGAAGAUCAGCGACAUCGGCGCCGAGGACAAGUCGAGCUUCAAGCCCUAUUCCAAGUCCUCGGACAAGAAGGAGUCUAGCGGCGAUAAGAACAGUUUCCGAGUGCCUAGCGCCACCUGCCAGCCGUUCACGCCAAGGACAGGCAGCCCCAGCUCCUGCGCGUCCACCUCGCCGCUGCCUUGCGAGGGUAAAGCGGACAAGGAGGACAAGAAGGAGGGCGAUGGCGGUAAAAACACGUCAGCGGAGAGUAACAGGAACAGUGGAAUUACCCCUGAUGGAAACCAGGAGGUCACGUCCGGAUCCAAAGUUGUCACAUCGGAUUCCAUAUCGGUCACUUCCGCGUCCUCCUCGGUGCUCGGCUCCGGAUUGGUGGCGCCGGUUUCCCCCUACAAGCCCGGCCACACUGUGUUCCCCCUGGCCCCUGCUGGCAUUUCCUACCCUGGCAGUUUAGCGGGGGCUUACGCCGCAUACCCGCAGACGUUCCUGCCUCACGGAAUGACCCUCGACCACACCAAGUCCGGCAGCCAGCUUUUGAGCGCGCAGUUCGCCGCUGCCAACUCGAUGGGGUGCAGCAAAGCCGGGACGAGCCCCCUGGCCGGGGCGUCGCCUCCCUCCCUCAUGUCCGCCAGCUUGUGCCGGGACCCCUACUGCCUCAGCUACCACUGCACCAGCCACUUGUCCGCGGCGUCCAGCGCCAACUGCGCGCACGACUCCGCUGCGGCCGCCGCCGCGCUCAAAUCCGGAUACCCGCUCAUGUACUCCGCGCACCCGCUUCACGGCGUGCACGCCUCGGCCCCGUCAUUUGGCGGACACCCGUUGUAUCCGUACGGCUUUGUGCUGCCUAACGACCCGCUGCCGCACGUCUGCAACUGGGUGUCGGCGAACGGACCGUGCGACAAGCGCUUCUCCAGCUCCGAGGAGCUGCUCGGCCACCUGCGGACUCACACGGCCUUUGCCGGCUCGGAGAAGCUUCUCUCCGGCUACCCGGGCUCGUCGUCCCUGGCGAACGCCGCGGCGGCUGCCGCCAUGGCCUGCCACAUGCACAUGCCUUCCAACGGCAGUCCGGGCAGCCCCGGCACGCUGGCUCUGCGGGGGCCUCACCACCCGCUCGGACUGGGAAGCCGCUAUCACCCGUACUCCAAGAGCCCCAUGCCCGGCCCGGGAGCCCCGGUGCCGGUGCCUGCUGCCACUGGACCCUAUUACUCUCCAUACGCCCUGUACGGACAAAGACUGACCACAGCCUCGGCUUUGGGGUACCAGUAGAGACUAUUACAAAUAUAUACAUUUAUAAAGAAGAUUUAGGCCCAAUGAGUUUUAUAUGUACUUCAUGCAGGGACUGGAUCCAUGUGGGGAUCAGUGUAUUUAUUUGAGAUAGCUUCAAGCGUGACUAAAAUAAAAAAAAAUAUUAUAAUAUAAAACUGUCAACAGCGUCAAUGUGCAUUAUUUGGGAGAUUAGUGAGCUGAUUGGAAUGUGACCUAAAAAAGAGCUCCUUGGAUUGUAGCAGGGCCUCCAAGGUUGUCUGCACUGUGAUGGAUGUGGAAGAUCAAUCAGCAGCUUCUUAACAAAUGUCAUUGAUUUAUUGUGUGACCUCAUGCAGCAUGAAGCCCAUUUUUUAAACCCA